AUGCGCACGGCAGCGCGUCGGCCUGUGCGGGGCGCCGCCGAGGGAAGCAAGGCCAAGGCGCUUCCUCUCGACCAAGUCUUGCAGCACAUCCAGCGCGCGGACGGUCUUGACCGCGCAGUCGUUGCGGCCCUUAUAUCCCACUUGCACGCAUCCGACCUGGCACGCUCCAUCUCGCUCUACACCAGUACCAAUACCAAAGAGAGCGAGGCGGGGCUCGCAUGGGCAGCUAGGGACGACAACCGAUACCCAAUAGAGGCUGGAAUCGUGCGCGUCGCCAAGCAGGCGGCAAACGCCGUCCUUACUACCUUGCAGUCUUUGUUGGACGCGCCGCAAGGCGCGUUGCGCGACGAACUUGCGCUCUUUAUUCUUCUGGACUGCUUCCGUGUCGCAAUGGCGACACUGACCAAGGCGCAGGGGUCCGUCGAGCAGCUCGGCGCGGUGGGGCUGUCGGUCGCUCGCAAAUUGAUUGCACUGGCAAAGUACUCAGAAGCGCUCACGGAACUUGUUGCCGUUGCGGCCUGUGUCGCAGGGAGCGACGUUGGAAGUGGGACGGUGCGGACACCGCCGCCCCCCGUCGUCCGCAUGCAUACAAUCUUUGCCGUUCCGAUGGGCGGCCCAGGCGAAGCGCACGUCCGCUCUGUGCUCGACAUACAAGCGCUCGCUGUCCACGCAGCGCUGGCUCAAGCGGGUGAGCGCGAUAUCGAUGCGAUCCACACCAUAUACCGCCUCGAACAUGGGCCAGGCGCGUGGCAGGCACAUGCGCGCAACAUCGGCCUCGACUCUGCAGCGGACCGUGCGGCGUAUGCGAUGGAACGCGCCAUUUUUCAGCACCUCUCUCGAUGCAAAGCAUCGGGACCGGCUGCAUAUAUGCUUCGCAUGGAUACACUGCGCCAUCUCGCUCCUGUUGCACAGCUCGACGUCGAUGCGUACUGGGACAGGGUCGAGCGAAGAUUCGCCACGGCGGACCAUUUGGUCAUCUAUGCGAAUGGUGGACCACGCAUGCACGACAGGCGGGACACAGCGGCGCUUUGA